AUGCUUCAAAGGCUUAUUAAGAAUGAGUGGGUCCCCAUGAAACCCUACUAUACCCAGGUUUACCAGGAAAUCUGGGUAGAAACGGGGUCAAUGACCUUCAUCCUUUAUAAAAUAAGGAGUGCUGAUAAAAGAAGGAAAGCGCUUAAAGGCUCCAGCCCUGCAACUGCUCUUGGCUACCACUAA